AUGGCCCCGGCACCAACCAUUGAGGUCCGGGACCUUUCGUACAGAUUCCCCGACUACUCGACCGGCGUGCGCAACAUCAGCCUCGACCUCCCGGCCCGGUCGCGCACGCUGCUCAUCGGGGCCAACGGUGCCGGAAAGACGACGCUACUCCGCCUCCUGGCGGGCAAGCGCCUGGCGCCGGGCGGCACCAUCCUGGUGGGCGGCGCCGACCCGUUCACGCAGGGGCUGGAGGGCGUGACGUACCUGGGACUGGAGUGGGUUCUUAACCCCAUCGUCCGGACCGACAUUGGCGUGCGCGAACUCCUGGCCUCGGUUGGCGGGGACGCCUACCCCGACAGGCGCGACGAGCUGGUCCACAUGCUCGACGUCGAUGUCAAUUGGCGCAUGCACGCCGUCUCGGACGGCGAGCGCCGCCGCGUCCAGCUGGCCAUGGGCCUCGUCAGGCCCUGGACCGUCCUCCUCCUCGACGAGAUCACCGUCGACCUCGACGUCCUUAGCCGCGCAGAGUUCCUCGCCUGGCUAAAGGCCGAGACCGAGCGCCGCGAGUGCACUAUCGUCUACGCCACCCACAUCCUCGACAAUCUCGCCGGCUGGCCUACACACCUCGUUCACAUGCACCUGGGCUCCGUCAAGCAGUGGGACAGGGCCGACAAGAUCCUCGCCGAGGUCGACCCCACCGUGGCCGCCACGGGGAACAGCCGCCUCGGCGAACUCGUCCUCAGCUGGCUGCGCGAUGACAUCAGGCAGAGGGGGCCGCGGAGUCAUGCCAAGAUUAAGCCCGAGGGCAAGACCUACGGAUUUGGCGGUAUCCAGGUUGGCGGAUAUGGCGACGAAUCCAAGGCCAAGCCGUCGUAG